CGAGUACCAUUUCAUGACGUCUCUAAAUCCUGAAAUAUGGCAGCAUCUUCAAGCGAAUCCCAAGGUUCUCGCGCUGGAAGUCGUACGAUUAUCUGGUGUGUACCCCGUACUGUUUCUACUGCUCUUACCAAGAGUCUAAGUUUUAUCAAAGAUAUAGAAGUAUGGUUUGAACCUUUUACCAACUGCAGAGUUACCCAAGUUCAUGUUAAACAAACGUUUGGAUUGGAUCUACCAAACAAAUACGAAGGAAAUGAGGAGAUAUUCAAGCGUGUCGUUGAUCGUUCUCGAGAAUUUGGAGUGGGUAAUAUUACCAAACCAGAAAAAAUAUCUUAUGCGUCCAUUGGUCGACAGCUGGAGAAAACAACUAGUCGCCACGUCUUGGUCAAAGAUAUGGCCCUUGCCGUUUCUAAAGAGCAGAAAAAGUUUAUCCCAAAAGGCUUCAAGCAUAUCUUCUUGAUACGUCACCCGCUCCGUGUGUUCAACUCAACACGAAAAUCGAUGUUCAACCAACAAUUAGAUCUGGGUCUCCUAACCGGGGAAGCUGCCGUCGAAGAAACAUUCGACUUUGAGCGUGACUACCAAUACGCAAACGGAUCAGGUUCGAUGCUAUUCAAAGACCUCUACGAUAUGUGGAAGUUUGUCCAAGAGGAGCUUGGUCAAGAAACGGUAAUUUUCGAUAGCGAUGAAUUUUUGUCUAAUCCUUCUGAAAUGCUACCGAAGAUCUGUCAAGCAGCAGGGCUGCCGUAUAACGAGUCACUUUUGAAAUGGGAUUCGUCUAUUGAUGUGACAAAGAAGUGGAUGGUCCAUGCUGAUGGUUACGUUGACAAGCUUGGGCACUUCUUCGAAACUGCCAUCAAUAGCUGUGAAUUUUUGCCCCCAAGCAAGAUGCCGUCACGUGAUGAGGUUACACCUGACGUCAUCAGAUGUACCGAUCGGGCUAUGAAAUAUUAUGACGAAAUGUACGAAGUGAGACUAAAGGUCUAACUUCAGAUUCAUCCAGCAGUUCAAGGAGACUACUCUAGAUCAUCAAAAGGCAUAAUCUGAAAUUACCCCCAAAACAACUGUUUUGGUACUUGGAUUUCAAUAAUUUGAUAUUUUUUAUUGUGAGUCUUAUAUUUUUCUCCUUAAAAGGAUUGGUUAAUUGUCUCGCAUAAGUUUCCCCACAUGCAGCAUCAUUACAAAUUAAAUGCGGGAUAACU